CACUCAACGUGGGUAUGUCUGAUAAGAACGACUAUGGAAAAUAUACCGCACCCGUGGUGGAAGAUGGCGAAAAUGGCAUUCCGGCUGAAUGUAGUACCGGGUCUAAUGAGUUGCAUCGAAAGCUGAGGAGUCGAGAGGUUCAGUUGCUUGCUGUUGGAGGGGCGAUUGGGACUUCUCUGUUCGUUCAAAUGGGCGCCGCUCUUCCUAAAGGCGGACCAGCGGGUUUGUUCAUUGGGUUUCUGGCUUAUGGGACCAUCGUUCUGGCAGUCAAUGAGUGCUUUGCCGAAAUGGUUUGCUAUAGACCGAUCCCAUCCCCUUUUGCCCGGCUGGCAGGACAUUGGGUCGACGAUGCGUUGAGCUUCGCAAUGGGUUGGAACUUUUUCUUGACGAUGGCUUUGAAUAUUCCGUACGAAAUUGUGGCGAUAAAUGUUCUUCUCACGUACUGGACGGACAAGGUUCCGGUUGCAGUGGUUGUGGUCAUCGUCAUGGUGCUUUAUGGAAUCCUCAAUGGCCUUACCGUACGAUACUUUGGUAUCUCCGAGUUUUAUCUUUCCAUCUUCAAGAUCUUCCUCAUGGUGGGAUUGAUUUUGUACACUUUAGUCACGAUGGUGGGAGGUAAUCCGAAACAUGAUGUUUAUGGCUUUCGAUAUUGGAAUGAUCCAGGUGCAUUUGUCUCGUACCUGGCACCAGGGAGCACUGGUCGUUUCCUCGGGGUAUUAAGCUGCAUGAUCCAAGGAUCCUUCACAAUGGUCGGGCCAGAAUACAUCGCCAUGGCAGCCGGGGAGGCUGAAAGACCACAAAAGGUCAUGCGAACGGCAUUCUCCUCCUUUUUCUGGCGACUCAUGCUCUUCUUCUGCCUUGGUGCGCUGUGCGUCGGUAUCGUCAUUCCAUAUGAUGACCAAACCCUCAGUGACACGCUGGAUGGGACGCAGGCAGGCAGCGGAACUGGCGCAGCAUCUCCAUAUGUCAUCUCAAUGAACCAUUUCGGUAUCCCAGUUCUCCCCGACAUCUUCAACGCCCUGAUCAUGACGUCCGUAUUUUCCGCCGGAAACAACGUCGUCUUCUCAGCGACUCGCACUCUAUACGGAAUGUCCCUCGAAGGCAAAGCACCCAAGCUUUUCUCCCGCUGCAGCAGCGCCGGACUUCCAUACAACGCCGUCAUCGCCGCCAUGUCGUUCUGCGUUCUUGGAUUCCUGCAGGUCAGUAACCGUUCUGCAACGGUGCUUAAUUGGCUUGUUAGCUGCAUCACAGCGUCACUUCUGCUGAAUUAUCUCGGCACAUGCAUCACAUAUCUGCAUUUCUAUGCCGCGAUGCGUAGACAAGGUAUUGAUCGUCGAACGUUGCCGUAUCGCAGUUUUUUGCAACCGUACACGGCGUGGUAUGCGGUGUUUGGGACGGGCGUCAUGGUGCUUAUUCUUGGGUAUAAUGUGUUUUUGGACGGGCAGUGGGAUUUGACUAGUUUCUUCUUGGACUAUGUUAUGAUUGCUUUUUUUAUUGUGGCGUUUGUCUUUUGGAAGGUGAUUCGGAGGACACGGUAUAUUCGGCCUGGGAUGGCGAAUGUUCAACGUCGGCUAUAGAUUUUUAGAUAGGGUUCAUUAGAUAGACUGGCUUUAGAAAUAUAAACUUGGAAGAGUAUGUUUGGUAGACUGACCUGGUCACUACCGUGUGUCUGCAAUUUCC